UUAUAAUUAAAUUUUGUCAAAUUUUUCAGAGGAUUGUAACUCUGUGGUAGUGGGACUAAUACCCUCAUCCACCAACCCUCAACUUAAAACAAGAACCAACUCCAGCUAGAAGAUGCCUCCUAAGUUUGAUCCUAAUGAGGUUAAGUACGUCUACAUGAGAGCUGUAGGAGGAGAGGUCGGUGCUACCUCUUCCCUCGCUCCCAAGGUCGGUCCCCUUGGUUUGUCUCCCAAGAAGAUUGGUGACGAUAUCGCUAAGGCUACCGGAGACUGGAAAGGACUCAAGGUUACCGUUGAGCUCAAGAUCCAGAACAGACAGGCUACGGUUUCCGUUGUCCCCUCUGCUGCUGCCCUGAUCAUCAAGGCCCUGAAGGAGCCUCCAAGGGACAGGAAGAAGGUCAAGAACAUCAAGCACAACGGUAAUGUCACCAUGGAUGACAUCUACAACGCUGCUCGUAUCAUGAGACCUAGAUCUAUGGCCAGGGAAUUCUCCGGAGUUGUGAAGGAGAUCCUUGGAACCGCUCAGUCUGUUGGUUGCACCGUGGACGGUAACGAUCCUCAUGACGUUAUUGACAGCAUCAAUGACGGAUCAGUUGAGUGCCCCGCUGCAUAAAUAUCGCCGGCUGGACCUUAGCUGGUGUUGGGAUUGGAAGUUGAAUGCUGUUACUUAAUAUCUGUAACGACACCAAUGCAUUUAAUAAAUACAUACCAAUCUUCCA